UCGAUCUACUCCCCCCUUUCCACCUCUCCCUUCUCUUCUCUUCUCUAGCUUUAUUUCUCAUCUCCUGACCCCUGCUUUCUUCUCUUCUCCUCCUACUAAAACAAACUCUCCUUCCAGCUCCCAGUCCGUCCAGGGCUGCGGGGCCUGCUGGGUGGCACUGUAUGGCCUCUCCCUGCUGCUAAUGCAGGAACAGAGGAAGAGGUGGCGGGUGACCUGUAUUCGGCCUUAGAUACAGGUAAAACCGAAGGAGAGAGGAGAUACAAGUCCCAGCAAGUACAACAGAGGUGACUGCUGCCCAGCAUGGACCAGGUGCAUCCCCAGAACUAAAAAAGGAAGCUCCUCCCCCAAAGUUUACAAACCCUCAGAUCCAGCGCCAUCUCUGCACCCCAGCUUCCCUUUGCCACAUCCUCAAGCCUCCAAGAAGCUGGGGGGUCCCUUCUCUCACCCAUCCAUCAGCAAGAUGUACCCCCAGGGAAGGCACCCGACCCCACUGCAGUCUGGCCAGCCUUUCAAGUUCUCAGUCCUGGAAAUCUGUGACCGGAUCAAAGAGGAAUUUCAGUUUCUCCAAGCUCAAUACCACAGCCUCAAGCUAGAGUGUGAGAAGCUGGCCAGCGAGAAGACAGAAAUGCAAAGGCAUUAUGUGAUGGCUGCACCCCAUCAGUGUCCUCAGGGUGGCAACAGCUGUCCACACUGGCCAAGACUGUCUCCUUUGCAGUACUACGAGAUGUCCUACGGACUCAACAUUGAAAUGCAUAAACAGGCUGAGAUUGUGAAGCGCCUCAGUGCGAUCUGUGCCCAGAUGGUCCCGUUCCUUACUCAGGAGCAUCAGCAGCAGGUGCUUCAGGCUGUGGACCGAGCCAAGCAGGUGACCGUGGGGGAACUGAACAGUCUUCUGGGGCAGCAGAAUCAGCUCCAGCCGCUGUCCCAGGCACCCCCUGUGCCUCUCACCCCGCGCCCAGCCGGCCUGGUGGGUGCUGGGGCCACUGGGCUGCUGGCCCUAUCUGGGGCGCUGGCUGCGCAGGCCCAACUGGUGGCUGCCGUAAAGGAAGACCGUGUGGGUGUGGACACCGAGGGGUCCAGAGUGGACAGAGCUGCCAGCAGGAGUUCUUCCCCCUCGCCCCCUGAAAGUCUGGUGGAGGAGGAGCAUUCCAGUAGCCGAGGUGGCAAUGGGAAACCGCAGAGAGCUGAAGACAAGGAUCUCUCGGGGCCUUAUGACAGUGAGGAAGACAAGAGUGACUAUAACCUGGUGGUGGAUGAGGACCAACCUUCAGAGCCCCCCAGCCCUGUGACCACCCCCGGUGGGAAGGCGCCCAUCUGCAUCCCUGCCCGCAGGGACCUCACAGACAGUCCAGCCUCCUUGGCCUCCAGUUUGGGCUCACCGCUCCCCAGAAGCAAAGACGCAGCUCUGAAUGAUCUUCCCACAGGCACUCCUGCCUCCAGGUCAUGUGGUCCCUCUCCACCCCAGGAUUCGUCCACCCCUGGGCCCAGCUCAGCCAGUCACCUCUGCCAGCUGGCGGCUCAGCCAGCACCACCCACAGAGAGCAUCGCCAUGAGGAGUCCCCUCACCCUGUCUAGCCCUUUCACCUCGUCCUUCAGCCUGGGCUCCCACAGCACCCUCAACGGGGACCUCUCCAUGCCUGGCUCCUAUGUCAGCCUCCACCUGUCCCCCCAGGUCAGCAGCUCUGUCGUGUAUGGACGCUCACCUCUGAUGGCAUUUGAGUCGCACCCCCAUCUCCGAGGUUCGUCUAUCUCCUUGCCUGGCAUCCCUGGGGCUAAGCCGGCUUACUCCUUCCACGUGUCUGCGGAUGGCCAGAUGCAGCCGGUGCCCUUCCCAUCGGAUGCGCUGGUAGGCACGGGCAUUCCUCGCCACGCGAGGCAGCUGCACACGCUGGCCCAUGGUGAGGUGGUGUGUGCCGUCACCAUCAGCAGCUCCACACAGCACGUGUACACAGGCGGCAAAGGCUGCGUGAAGGUGUGGGACGUGGGCCAGCCUGGCAGCAAGACACCUGUGGCACAGCUGGAUUGCCUGAACCGGGACAACUACAUCCGCUCCUGCAAGCUGCUGCCUGACGGGCAGAGCCUGAUUGUAGGUGGCGAGGCCAGUACCUUGUCCAUUUGGGACCUGGCAGCACCCACACCACGCAUCAAAGCAGAACUGACUUCAUCUGCCCCUGCCUGCUACGCGCUGGCCGUCAGCCCGGACGCCAAGGUCUGCUUCUCCUGCUGCAGCGAUGGCAACAUCGUGGUCUGGGACCUGCAGAACCAGGCCAUGGUCAGACAGUUCCAGGGCCACACGGACGGGGCCAGCUGCAUCGACAUAUCAGACUACGGGACCCGGCUGUGGACUGGGGGCCUGGACAACACUGUGCGCUGCUGGGACCUGCGCGAGGGCCGCCAGCUUCAACAGCAUGACUUCAGUUCCCAGAUUUUCUCGUUGGGCCAUUGUCCUAAUCAAGACUGGCUAGCCGUAGGGAUGGAGAGCAGCCACGUGGAGGUCCUGCAUGUGCGCAAGCCUGAGAAGUACCAGCUCCGCCUGCAUGAGAGCUGCGUGCUGUCACUCAAGUUCGCUUCCUGUGGACGCUGGUUUGUGAGCACCGGCAAGGACAACCUGCUCAAUGCCUGGAGGACACCCUAUGGGGCCAGCAUUUUCCAGUCCAAAGAGUCUUCUUCCGUAUUGAGCUGCGACAUCUCCAGGAAUAAUAAGUACAUCGUGACAGGCUCAGGGGACAAGAAGGCCACUGUGUAUGAGGUGGUGUACUGAGCCAUCUGCUGCCUUUUCAGGUCACCUGCCCUGGAUGGCUGGCCACUCGGGACAUGGGUCCCUCUGCUCACACCUGGCUUGCUCCCUUCCUGGCUGGGUGGGGCUGGGGGCACUGGGGAAAUAUAACAUAUUUAUCAACUUGC